AUGGCGCAGCUGGCGACGCUCGAGCUGGAGGUUCUGCAGCUGCUGGAGGCGCUGGAGCUGGCGGUUCUGGAGUUGCUCGAGGCGCUGGAGCUGGAGGUUCUGGAGCUACUGGAGGCACUGGAGCUGGAGGCUCUGGAGCUGCUGGAGGCGCUGGAGCUGGAGGUUCUGGAGCUGCUGGAGGCGCUGGAGCUGGCGGUUCUGGAGCUGCUGGAGGCGCUGGAGCUGGAGGUUCUGGCGCUGCUGGAGGUGCUGGAGCUACUGGUGCUGGUGGCACUGCACAGCCGCGCCUCUCCUUCUCCUUACACUGAGCAGACAGGAGGUCUUGCUGAGCGUCGUGAGCCUGCGUCUCGUCCUGUCUCGCCUGUUCGCACUGGUCGUACUGGUCGUCGUGUUCCUCGUCCGCGUUCGCCGGCUGUCCCCGGCACGCACCUCAUGGCCCUUCGUCCUUCCUCUGCUCCACAGCGUGUCCCUCUGCCGUCCCCUCCUGCGUCUUCUCUGCCUGACGUUCCAGACCCUGAGUCUGACCGCGCUCGUGCUGCUCACCCUACUGUCACGCGUCUGCUUGCCACUGUUGUCACUGACCCUUCGUUUGAGUCCACUGCUGCGUCUGCUUUAGUCGCUGAGCUUGUUGACUUUGCUGCUGCCUGUCGUCUAGACUACGCUGCUAGUCUUGUUGCUGAGUCUGAGUCUGUCUGUCCUCCGUCCGUCGAGGGUGAGUGUGCUCUUGGCACGGACGUCCUUGAGGACAGGCAGGAGGACCUUGAGUGUCUUGCAGCCGCUGCGCCUCAUCUCGUGGCCAUGCUGCUUGCCCCUGAGGGAGACCCGGAUGCACCAGACAUCCCGACCCCGCGCUCUUACGCUGAGGCGAUUACGGGUCCCUACUCCUCUCAGUGGCAGGCAGCCAUGGACGCAGAGAUGGCAUCCUGGAAGUCCACAGGCACUUACGUCGAUGAGGUUCCCCCUCCCGGGGCGAACAUCGUCGAUGACAUGUGGAUUUUCAGGGUGAAGCGGCCGCCGGGUUCUCCGCCUGUCUUCAAGGCUCGUUACGUUGCUCGAGGCUUCAGUCAGCGGGAGGGAGUUGACUUCUUCCAGACCUUCUCCCCCACCCCGAAGAUGACCACUCUUCGGGUGCUGCUGCACGUUGCCGCUCAGCGUGACUACGAGCUUCACUCUCUUGACUUCAGCACAGCCUUCUUACAGGGCAGCCUGCACGAGGAGAUAUGGCUGCGCCGCCCACCUGGCUUCACUGGGUCGUUCCCUCCUAGUACCCAGUGGAGCCUCCGGCGGCCAGUCUACGGUCUCCGCCAGGCGCCCCGUGAGUGGCACGACACACUGAGGAUGACACUUGCGGCUCUUGGGUUUGCUCCUUCGACUGUUGACCCGUCGCUGUUUCUGCGCACCGACACUUCGCUGCCGCCGUUCUACAUCCUCGUGUACAUCGACGACUUGGUCUUUGCCACUGCUGACACUGAGGCUCUUGCCCUGGUGAAGUCGGAGCUGCAGAAGAGACACACGUGCACAGACCUGGGUGAGCUGCGCAGUUACCUUGGCUUGCAGAUUACCUAG